AUCAUUGAGAAGAUCGAACGAAACGAGAAGAACGAGGAACGCAAAGAGAUGCGAAAACGUUUCCGUGAGGAGAACAUGGUGUUAAAAAUGGCGAGACUAAACAGCCAAAAACUCGACAGCCUUUUGCAGAAACGCAAGGAAACUCUCAAGAAACAGAUUAUGAGGAAACGUGCUUUGUUGGAAAAAGACAUGACUCAGCAAAUACAAGGAGAGUUGGCCAUAUUACGGAAAAGGAGUUGUGAGAGUAGUGAUGGCGAAGAGACGGAAUAUUCCUAUGUGCCCAAAAAGAGGGUCAAACAAGAGGGGCCUUUGUAUUGUGUGUGUAAAACACCAUAUAAUGAUACCGA